CAAAAUGAUCACAAAUCAAACACGGUUUCUCAGAAUCCAAAACCCUAGUGACCAACCAUGGCCUCCACUUCUGCUUCGCGGUCCACAGGCGUCACCGGAAGAAUCCAAACUGCAGCUUCGACACUGUACUCCGACAAUCAGUCCCUCAUUGCUGAAUUUCGGAAGGCGUUGAAUAUGAUAAUGGAAAUUGGGGUUGAUUUGGAGAGAGAUAAUCAGUCUCAGAUGAUAACUAAUUUUAAGAAGUUGUUUGAGGAUGAGAUUGCAAAGCUCAAGCCUAGUUUAUCUUCAGUUCCACAAAACCAUCCUAUAAUACGCCAAUUUAGAGAAGCUAUCUGGGACAAACACAUUACAACAUCAAGACUACCCCUCUUGGUCUAGAAUUGACUUGUUUCUCAUUUCUUCUAAUUGGGAGAUUCACUUUUCACUCGUUGUUAAGAGAAAACUGAAUUCACAACACAAUAACUUGUAAUUCUGUGUAUCUA